CCGCCGCCAGUCGCCGAGGAAACUGGGUGAAAAUUACGAAUCGUGGACCGGAGGGUGCGCGAGCGCCGCCGAGCGAUGGAUUUUAUGUUGCUGCUCCUCGUGAUGCUGCUGAGGCAAGAGGUCGCUGCUCUGAAGCUACUUCACAUAAAUGUUCCGGCGUACACCCUCAGGGGCAAGAGUGCGCUUCUAGAAUGCAGAUAUGAUCGGGAGAGAGACCGUCUCUAUGGUAUCACAUGGUACAAGGACCACGAGGUAUUCUACAAAUACGUACUCCGAGAUAAAAAUCCCCACGUCUAUGACGUCAAUGGUGUUAAAGUUGACAGAUCUCGCUCGGACGCUCAGACAGUGACACUGCAGGACGCAAACCUCCAUGCCAGCGGCAUGUACAAAUGCGAAGUUAACGGUGAGGGGCCGAGCUUUAACACAGUCAGUGCCGAAGCGAGAAUGGAGGUCAUAGCACUACCUCAAGAAAGGCCAACGAUAACCGGAGAGGAAAAGGUGUACGCGAGCGGAGACGUGCUCGCGCUGAAUUGCACCAGCAGCAAGUCCCAUCCUGCCGCAAAACUCAGAUGGUUCGUUAAUGGCCAGCAGGUGAAGCCCGAUUCGGAGCAACACUUCGAGCAGCACGGGCUAUACUCGACGAUAUCGAGUCUACUUCUCGAGCUGGAGCCGGGUCAUCUCGCCGGCGACAAGAUAAACGUCAGGUGCGAAUCGACGGUACAAUCGAGUCACGACAACGAUCCGUUCGUCGACGUUCGCAACACCGAGGUCUACGUUCAAGGUCUCGCCACCCUGACGACACCAUCGUUAUGUUUGUUGAUGGCUGCGGUAUUACAACGAUUUCUGCUACCCGUGUAGACCCUUCCGGCCCAAUGAGGGCAUCGAGACGAUCCGAGAGGAAACAGGAAGAAAACUGAUCACGGAGGAAACGAAAGGCG